CUGGGCUGCGAUCGGCACAUUAGUACUGUGACAAUCGAGGGCCACAUCUUGCACUGCCACUUGUAAACGAAGGACUCGCCAGGAUUAGUUACUAAUUUUUUUUCACAACGCAAGGAGUCCUUUGCGACAAGGUCCUAUCUUUGAAUUUGGGAUUACACAGAGAGUGCAGCGAUGGCUCUUAAGUGGGCUCUUUUGAUCGCGACUGUGACGAUGACGAUGACGCAAGCAGCGAAGCUGGACAACAAAUACCUGCCACCACCUGCAAGUGCCGCCAGUGCGGGCGGCAGUCCGGGGGCGGGACUCCAAGGACCAGGAGGCGGUUUUGGUGGCGGUGGCGGAGCAGGCGGCUUUGGUGGUGGCGGCGGAGGAGGAGCUGGCGGAUACGGUGGUGGUGCUGGUGGAGGAGGAGCUGGAGGCUUCGGUGGCGGCAACAAUGGACUUGGCGGCAUCAACAACGGCCUUGGUGGCUUCUCUGGAGGCGGCGGUCCCAGCAGACCUAUUGGACCAGCUCCGGCCGCGCGUCCAAGUGCUCCGGCUGGUAGCCCUCCGGCAGGACCACCAAUACCCAUCCUCUCGUUUGUCAACGAAAACGAUGGCGAUGGAAACUAUCGGUUCAGCUACGAGACAGGAAACGGCAUUAAGGCUCAGGAGGAGGGCACUGUGAAGAACAAGGGCUCCGAGAACGAGAUCCCAUCAGUUAUGGGAUCCUAUUCCUACACGAAUCCGGAGGGAGAGUUGGUGGAGAUCAUGUACACCGCGGAUGAGAAUGGUUUCGUUCCCUCAGGCAGUGCUCUGCCCACUCCGCCGCCCAUUCCGGAGGCCAUUGCCAAGGCAUUGGCGGCGCAGGGCAUCUCUCCGCUGCCUGGUGGCGGUUAUAGCGGUGGCGCUGGAGGUGGAGGCGGCGCUGGAGGAGGCGGUGGUUACGGUGGUGGCGGCGGCGCUGGCGGCGGCGGCGGUGGAGGUCGUGGACCAGGUGGUCCUGGAAGUUAUGGCGGCGCUGGUGGUGGAGCUGGCGCUGGAGGAUAUGGCGGUGGAGGUGGUCGCGGUGGUGGUCCAGGCGGACCAGGAGGACCAGGUGGAGCAGGAGGCUUUGGCGGUGGCGGUGCUGGCGGCGGAGCUGGAUACGGUGGAGGCGCAGGACGUGGCGGUGCUCCAGGAGGACCUGGAGGUCCAGGUGGACCAGGAGGCUAUGGUGGUGGAGCUGGUGGCGGUGGAGGAGCUGGAUACGGUGGAGGCGCUGGUCGUGGACCUGGAGGACCAGGUGGCCCAGGAGGCUUUGGUGGAGGUGGAGCUGGCGGCGCAGGACGUGGUGGCGGCCCAGGAGGACCUGGAGGCCCAGGCGGACCAGGAGGAUUCGGUGGUGGAGCUGGUGGCGGUGGAGGUGCAGGAUAUGGUGGAGGAGCUGGUCGUGGUGGAGCUCCAGGAGGACCUGGAGGUCCAGGAGGACCAGGAGGAUAUGGUGGUGGAGCUGGUGCUGGCGGCGGAGCUGGUGGUGGCGGAGGAGCUGGAUACGGUGGCGGAGCUGGUCGUGGUGGAGCUCCAGGAGGACCUGGAGGUCCAGGUGGCCCAGGAGGCUUUGGCGGUGGUGGAGCUGGCGGCGCAGGAGGAGGCUACGGAGGUGGAGCACCAGGAGUUCCCGGUCGUCCCGGCGCUCCAGGACUUCCAGGUGGUCCAGGCGGUCCGGGAGGCCCUGGUGGCUCUGGAGGAUUUGGCGGCGGCGGUGGAGCUGGAGGUGCAGGAGGCUUUGGCGGUGGAGCCGGACGUCCAGGCGGACCCGGUGGUCCUGGUGGGCCCGGUGGACCCGGCGGUCGACCUGGUGGCUCUCCUGGAUUCCCUGGCGGACGUCCUGGCAAUCAGUAUGUUCCACCCCCAGCGGGUGGUGGCGGCGGUGGAGCUCCUGGAUCUCCCGGCCGGCCCGGAGGUGCCGGUGGUCCAGGUGGUCCUGGUGGCCCUGGUGGUCCUGGAAACCAGUACGUUCCUCCACUGCCAGGAGCAGGUAGUCCCGGACGCGGCAACGGGGAGUUCAAUCCCCAGACAGGCUAUAGCUAUUAGACCCGACGAAGACACUCAUCUCUCAUUAAAAUCUCUCGGAUCGAAGAAAUCUCAGUGCAACGCAAGCUGCCCCAAAUACUUAUGCUCUCUCCCUCCUGCCCCCACCCCUCAAAAAUGGUUAAAUUAUUUAUGUAAGAUUCCCCGCAACCUCUUCUGUUUUUUUCUGUGACAAUGUGUGUGUGCAAAUUUCAAAAUAAAUGAAUUUUUUAAAAGGG